AUGGCCGCCUUCGCCGACCUCAACCUGCCGCCUGCCGCCGACAAGAGGAGCCUGCAGGGCCUGCUGGAGGCCGCGGCGCAGCUGGGAUACUCGGCGGUGGCGCUUAAUCACGUCGUCGAUUGUAAGGAAAAGAAACAGGAAAUUGUCAAGCCAGUGCCUCCUUCGGAGUUGUUUCCAUCUUUGCCUAUUGUACAAGGGACAUCUAAACAAAUUAAAGUCCUAAACCGGCUAACACUUGUCGUUUCUGAUCCUUCCCACUGUAAUCUCUUGCGAUCAACAUCUACAAACUUAAGGUUAUAUGACAUCAUAGCAGUAUUUCCUAAGACCGAGAAACUGUUCCAUAUUGCUUGCACAACUCUGGAUGUGGAUCUGGUGUGCAUAAAUGUGACAGAAAAGCUACCAUUCUACUUCCGAAGGCCUCCUGUGAAUGUGGCAAUAGAUCGAGGCAUUUACUUUGAACUUCUUUACGCACCUGCCAUCAAAGACUCCACAAUGAGAAGAUACACAAUUUCAAAUGCCAUCAGCCUGAUGCAGAUCUGCAAAGGAAAGAACAUUGUUAUUUCAAGUGCAGCUGAAAGGCCUCUAGAGCUACGAGGUCCUUACGACGUGGCUAAUCUAGCUUUGCUCUUUGGCAUGUCAGAAAGAGAUGCCAAGGCGGCCGUGUCUACCAACUGCAGAGCCACCCUGCUGCAUGGAGAAACGCGGAAGAGUGCCUGUGGGGUGGUGUACACUGUGAAGAAGCCUCGCAAAGUUGAGGAGGAAGAAACAACAGUGCCAGCCUGCAAAAAAGCCAAGACUCAAGCUUGAGGAACCAAAUCUGCUGUUAGCAGGGAUGUCCGUACCAUCUUUGCCCAGUGCUGUGUCUUCCUUCUGCCCUCCAGCCAGCUCAGUUCCUCACUUGCUGCUUGAUGUGCUCCAGGGGAGAAUUGUUCUUGUGGUCAAGCGAGAGAGCUGUGGGGAUGACAGGGCGGCUGAAUAGUUGUCACACCUGAAGGGUGAUCCUGUGCUUCUGGCCAGGGCCAGGGUAGCUGCUCUCCGCCCUGCCCCAGCUCUUCUGGAGUUAGUGCAAACUCCACACAGCAUUUCGAAUGUGUGGGAAUUUUCAGUUGUACAGGUGCAGUCUUUUUUUAAUUAAAAGUAUUCGCAAGAACAUAUCCAUUUAAGGUCUAGUUCUUAUGGCCUCUCAAGUUUUAGAACACAUCUCUGUACUAAGCCUUACAACUGCAAGUGACUAGGUCAAGUUCUCUUCAGUGGUCUGUGAGGAAUAAAUGUGUAGGGAAAAAAACAUGCUCCCCGUUGUGUUUGUGAUCAGGGGCUGUAAAGAAGAGCCCAGCAUCCGUCACUUGUUAGGAGACACCUUGGGUUUGUGUUACAGAAGCACUGACUGACCUGGCCUGCGAGACCUGCUGCACACGGAGGCCUGAGGCUCUUCACACUGUGAUGUGGGGCAGUUGCGGCAGGUGGAAGGGAAGAGCCCGAGGCUGCCCCAAUCCUGUGCUCGGCUCUAAGCUGCAGCUGAGCCUAACAGCUGUCUCAGCUGGGCCUGAGCAGUCACCACGUCACGAUUCUUGCCACAUCAUUUCCUUCUGCUGUCCCGCUCAGGCAGCGGUGCCUGCAAGAGUGUCUCCCUGGCCACCCCAGCCCUUCCUUUCCCCUCUCCUAUCUCCUUUCCUCUCUUUCCUUCUUCCUUCCUGUUACUGCCUCAGUAAAUCUAAUCUGGCUGCCAAAAAAAGCAAUUGUAACAGAUCUAUAAUCAGCAGAGCAUUUUUAGAGCUCUUCCAAAUGGUGACUGAAGCUUCUAUUUUUUUUCUUUUGAUAAACCAAUAUAUAAAACAAAUAUGUAUGAUACUGUAAUAGGUCCCUGAGCCAGCUUUGAUGUGAAUACUCUAGUCCUUCAUCUGCAUCUGACACCAAACUGCUAUUGUAUGUAAAAUACUGCAAAAAUCUUGCAGUGUCAUCUCUGAACUUUUUCUAGUGACUGGACAAAGGAAAAUGAAAGGAGUUCUCGGUAAACUAACACUUCUAUGACAAUCUGGAUAUAAGUUGCAACAGCUUUUGCUUUAACCAAAAAAUAAUGAAAUAUUUGCCCUUCAUGUUGCUCUUUUACUUGUUGACUUCAUGAUUUGAAUCAUGUUUUAUCACCAGGAGUAGAGUAUAAAAUGUAUAUGGUAAUUUCGCUUAUGGACUUGCCUCCCAAAUGAGGUUUUAGCAAAAUAGAGCAGAAG